CGCCAAAAGAAAGGGGGGAUGCCUCGUCCCAGCGGGACGCACCGCACUCCACGUUCAAGCACAAAGGGCACAACCCCGCGGAAGCCCACGGCCGCCGGUGUCCUCGCCCUCCCGCUGCGGGUGCCCCCGCGCCCCUCCCCGUGGCGUCGGGCCGGGCGGGCCGGGGCGCGGCGUGGGGCGGGCGGGCGCGCCCUGUCCCUCCGCUCCGGCUCCUGCUCCUGCUCCGGCUCCAUCUCCAUCCCCACCUCCAUCCCCUCCGUCUCCUCCCGCCCAGGUGGGUCGCCUCGCCACGCCGCGCCGCCCGCCGCCCCCCGCCGCCAUGCCGCCGCCGUGCUCCCGCGGGGCCCUGCCCGGGGCCGCCUUCCUCCUCCUCCUCCUCCUCCUCCUCCCGCUGCUCGGCGCGGCCCCUGAUGUUCCGAGGGAAAAUAAGCUUAAACUGAUGCUUCAGAAACGAGAAGCCCCUGCUGACACAAAGCCUGAAGUGUCGGUGAAAGAAACAGCGGCCAAGGAGUUCCUAAGCAGCCUGAGACGCCAGAGGCGUCAGCUGUGGGACAGAAGCCAGCCUGACAUACAGCAGUGGUACCAGCAGUUCCUCUACCUGGGAUUUGAUGAGGCGAAAUUUGAAGAUGACAUGUCCUACUGGACGAGCUUAGGGCGUGCUCGUAAUGAAUACUAUGGUGGAUACUACCAACACCACUACGAUGAAGAUUCACCAAUUGGCCCGCGAAAUCCACACACCUUCAGGCACGGAGCAGCUGUCAACUAUGAUGAUUACUAGUGCCAUGUACCAUACUAUAGCUGGUGCCUAUAGGGCUGCGCUGGGCGAGGCCGAGUCCUCCCUCAGUCAGAAUGACCCUACUUUCCUUCUAUUCAUGUAAAAUACCAAGAGUAAAGGAACUGCCAGUCUUCAAAGAAGCCACAUUUUUUUUUUGAAUUAUCACUACUUAGUAGUACACUACAUAUAAAGUGUUCUAGAAAUAAAGCUUUUUUGAUAAAAUAAACAGGUUGCCAUUA